AUCCGGAACCGUACUGGCCAACUAGCGACCAUUCACCUAAUCCCACUUUGUCUGGGUAGCCGAAUGAGCCUCCUCACGAGUUACUCUCUGCUAUCAUACCAUGGGCAACAGGUUGCACACCGCUGGCUAGGUUGGAUAGCUAUUAGCAAUGGGGCGAUUCACUCCAUUGUCGCGUUGAGCUUCGGGAGGCCCCUCGAGCAUAAAGGGGUGGGUGUUAGUGGCCUGGUAGUGAGUCAGAUAUCCCUCCAUACCCUGACACGAACCUAAACCUUAUAGGCCAGUCUCGCACUACUUGCGAUGAUUAUACUAUCACCGCUGCGUCUGUACGCACGAACAUAUGAAACUACUGUGAAUGCACAUGUUGCACUCUCUAUUUCUUUGUUAGGGUCGUUGUGGUAUCACCUCUAUGCCCUUCCAUCUCCAUCUUGGUUAGGGUUAAUCUACCUAAAUACAGCCAUUGGGAUUCUAGUUAUAGGCUGCCUGCUUAGCUGUGUACAUGUAUUGUAUCGCAGCUACAGGACAGGUUGGCAUCCUGGGGUUCUCAGUAUCCGUCAAUUGACGGAUGCAAUCCAGAUAACCAUCGAGGUACCACGGCCAUGGACCUUCAGGGCCGGUCAACACAUCUACCUGCGUGUGAUCGGAAUGGGUAUUCGGGCUUUGUGGCAAUCACAUCCCUUUACCGUUGCCUGGUGGGAUCAGAACAGGGUCACCCUUCUUAUCCGGCCCCGCGGCGGGUUCACCAGAAGAUUACUUCUCUAUUCUGGCUGCAGACUACAUGGCCUGGUUGAGGGGCCCUUUGGGACUGAGCAUGAUCUGCGGCCAUAUGGGGCGAUCAUAAUGUUUGCGUCAGGGGUAGGGAUCGCAGCGCAGGUACCAUAUAUCCGGCGUGUCUUGGAGGGUCACGAUACCUCCCAGGCAUGUACGCAAAGUAUUGCCCUAUACUGGCAGCUGGAUAGCGAGGGUAAGGCCCACUAGACCGCUCAGAGGCUUGAUGAGACUGACAGCAAGGAGCGCACCAGGAAUGGGUGAAGGAGUGGAUGGAUGAGCUACUAAGGCGUGACAUGCAUUACGUAAGUAUUCUACCAGUGGCCGGUGUGCAGUAUAUAGGCUAAACUAACAAAUAGAUCCUGAGCAUAUUCGUAUUCGUUUCGGGAAAUUACAAUGACCCCCUCGCUUGCCCGCGGGGUGCGGAAUGUUUUGGCGAGCACCAUCGUGUGAAUAGGAUUUUCGGGGAUCUCGAUGUAACCACCACUCUGUGUGGGGAGCUGUCCAACAGGCGGGGCAAGACCGCUGUAGUUGUCUGUGCAGGUCCUGCCAUGGCAGAUGUUGUCCGGCACACUGUGCGCAAUGCCCUUAGGCGUAACGUCACUCUCCUAGAGCUUGGGGUCUGGCCAGGGCCCUCGGGGGGUGGGCCCAUGAUCGCGGUGCCACCCGUGAGCUAG